AUGACAAUUGAUGAAGCCUUUGCUCAUCCCUGGCUAAAUGGAGCAACAGAGAAGAAACUGACUGGCACCAAACUGUCCACUCAACAUCACAAGGAUUAUCAACAGAGAAAGCGCCAUCGUGAGGACGAACUUGAUAUCCUUCCAAUUGGUCGCAUAUCUCGUGACAGUGCCAUCUUCAGGCGGGAAGGAGAACAAGGCGUAAUCGCUAAGAACAUCAUCAUGGAAUUACCUCCCCAUGCCCCUGUGUUCUGCGAGCCUCUCACUGAUGUGUCUGGAUUUGAAGGUUCCAGAAUAGAAAUGACUUGCAAGAUUAGUGCUAAACCAGCUCCUAGAAUCAAAUGGUUCAAAGACGGGGAAGAACUACAGGAAGGAAAGAAAUAUCACAUGACCUACAGUGACUACUAUGCGUCCCUCUUCAUCAGUGACCUUGACCUUGAGGACGCUGGGAAGUACAGAUGUAAGGCUUUCAAUGACCUUGGUGAAGACACAACAACAGGCAAACUUACCGUAGAGGAAAUCCUUCACCGCAGGAAGAGAAAGGAAGAGUUGGAGUCCCUUAGGGUCAAGUACCCCAAACAUGAUUACGAUCUGAGUUUGAUCGACUCCAACAUCCCACCAUCCUUCACCCUUCCACUCAUCGACCAAGUGAAGCAUGUUGGCGAGAACUGUGAAUUUACAGUCACAGUGACAUGCCGACCUGAGCCUGAGGUCACCUGGUUCCAUAACAACGAAGAGGUCCAUGAAUCAGAGGCAUUCGAGUUUGUCCACAGUAAGGGUGUAUACCGCCUUAUCAUCCAUGGCGUUGAAACUCUGGACGCUGGUCAGUGGCGCUGUGAAGCAGUCAAUAAGUAUGGACACAGCUGGUGUUCAUGUGACCUCAAGGUCAUAGACAAGAUGCCAGAAGGUGGUGAGCCACCAGUCUUCAUCAGAAAGUUACAAGACACUACAAUUGUAGAGGGCAGCUCUGUUCGGCUUGAGUGUAAGGUCAAAGGUCAACCUCAUCCAGAAAUAGAAUGGUACAAAGAUCGUAAACUGAUCCGAUCAGGUCGACAUUAUGCUAUCAGUAAAGAGGGUAGCACUUGCAUUCUAACCAUCCAUGAAGCCUUCCCAGAAGACACCGGAAAAUACAUGUGUCGUGCCGUGAAUACCGUUAGUUCUACAACUACUGAGGCCCAGCUCCGAGUCCAAAGAGCAGAAGGCGAGGAGUCAGAAUUCCUGUUUGAACAUUACGUACCAGACGAAGCUAGACUUGUAGAAAGAACUGUUCACUUCAAAAUAGAGACUGAGCCAAACUUUACUGCGACCUUGAAGGACAAAUCAGUUACCGUGGGAACACAUGUCAAAAUGUUGUGUUCUCUCACCGGAAUACCUGCCCCUCGGGUCAUAAUAUAUCAUAAUGAUGUUGAUGUUACCAGGGACGACCACUACAUGAUUACGAACAAUCACGGGUUGGUCGCUCUGGAGUUUUACUCAGUCAAGCUCAGUGAUGCAGGGCGAUAUACAUGUAAAGCCGUCAACAGUGAGGGAGAGGCCUCAUGUCAGGCUCGGCUCCAGGUCCUGGAUGUUGAGGAGGAAGUUCCAAGAAGUCCGGAUUAUGUCCGGCCAAGUUUCACGACCCCCAUCCAUGACUUGACUGUGACAGCCGGAGACGAGGCC